CAAGCUUCGGAUACUGGAUCCAGGGUGUGGAUGAGCGACAGCAGGCCAUGCUGGAGGAGCGAAAAAAUAUCAUUCUGGAGAAGAGGGCGCGACGGGCGGCACGAGAAGGCGACAAGAUCGCAGCGGAGAACGCGUAGGUGGGGGGGAGUUCUCGGGCGAAUGUUGGCGUAUACAUAUGGCACCGGGUGGGUGGAAAAGAGGAAGGCAAGUUGAGAAUUUCAUAUGAUGUAUGUCUUGCCGGUGCAAAACACAAUUGCGAGUCAUUGGUUUGUUGACUUCCCGCGGAGGUUGUCUAUUGUACAUACCGCAUCGUGAGUCUUGUCGCCGUGACAAAUGCCAGCUUACGCAUUCGUGCGUAUAUCGACAUUCGCAGUCUUACCCUAUAGAUGCGAAUGUUUUCGCUCUGGCAGAGAUUAAACAUGAACCCGUUGCUGGGCGCCCGGAUUUAAAGAGGUCGUUUUGUACUUCUCUGAGUAUCCGGGAAUCAGUAGAGGUCACAUUUUCCCCUGAUGCAUCUCGCUGUGAUGGACAAGUAGUGGUGGACUUGGUUGUGUGUUGCCAUGGCAGGCUUGGCAGAGCUUAUGCGUUCAGCAAACAGGACAUUACCAACUUGCCUACUCAAGUAUAUACACAUCUUACUUGGCCUAGCACCAGCAACAUCAGUACCUGUUUUCAGCUGAAGCAAGAGCUGCUUCUUGGGAUGAUAGCAUUCCAAAAAUCAUUUUGAGAAUAUUUCGGCAUAAGCAGCUGGUACGAUUGAUCCAUAUUCGACAUCAAUAUGGCAUGUCCAAAUGAUUUC